CUCAAAACCGAAGUCAUGGAAGCCAGCCUCAAUGCUGUCCAAGCAAGCCUCAACGAGAGUGCUUGCACACACGAGCUCUACACCCUAACGGAAGCAUCGAGAAACUGGUGCACCCUCAUACUCGUCAUACUCGUCAUCCUACUCGAAAUCCUAGUAAACCUAAACCUGGAUCCUAAAGCUCUUGCACACAUAGAGUUACAGCCGCAGCCGCAGCCGCAGCCGCAGCCACAACCCCAGAUCCUACCACAAAAUGCACCCUGCCCCCAAGAUCCCGAGGCCCAGGAACCAGAACCCCUGUGCUUACCCGCCUCGCCCACUGUCCGCGCAAACCGACUCGUCGCUGCAAUUAUCGUCUUCGCUCCGAUCACCGUGGUCUUUGCAUUUCUCAUGCGCGAAAUCUACAUGGUGUCUCACGCAAGCAGCUCCUGCCAGCAAUACAUACCCAGCGACGCGCAGCCACAAUGGUGGUUAGUCGUCAUCUUCAUAAUUCUCCCGUAUGCAACCGCCAGUCUUGCGUUUCUCAAGGCACUGGUGGACUGUAUCACUGAGGAAAUUCCUAUUUAG